AUGGCAUCAUCUCAAGGCUUGGUCGAGGUCGACAGCAUCGAGAUCAAGGUGAUCGUCGACAAUGAGGUCGAUCCCAUCUCACCCAGCAAUAACCCUGCCGUGCAGUACGCGGGCCUGAUGCAAGGUCUACCACUGGACUCUCUACCAGCUGGCGACAGCAGAGGCGGUGCCAAGGGGGAGGUCAGGAUGGGAAGUAUCUGUUGCGGCGCCCACGGGCUCUCCCUCAUGAUCACAGCCAAAAGAGGAGACCAGAAACACACUCUCCUCUUCGACACGGGUCCAGAAGGGUCCACCUGGACCCGCAACGCGUCCCGCCUCCGCGUCGACCUCGCCGCCAUCGAGCACAUCCACCUCUCGCACUGGCACCGCGACCACUCGGGCGGCAUGCUUGAGGCCAUCAGGGCCAUCAGCACAGCCAGUGACAAGAGUAACCUCCUCACUGUCAAUGUGCACCCAGACAGGCCGGCGUACAGAGGCCUGCUGACGCCAUCUGGCGCAGUGGUCAGCCUGGAAGCGGAUCCAACCAUCCAGGAGAUAGAGAGCGCGGGGUUGGAAGGAUCCGCUUCUGUCGUCAUCAAGCAGAAAGCUUCGGCACACAGCUUGUUCGAUGGAUUUUUCUUGUCGUCGGGGGCCAUCCCGCGACGUACUGCCUACGAGAAGGGCAUUCGCGGUGGGCUGCGCUUCGUACCUUCGGCGGCGGCUGGUGGCGAUGGCGCCUGGGAGCCAGACGAGGCGAUCGCCGAUGAGCGGCUUGUCAUGUGUCGUCUCAAGGGGAAAGGCCUCGUCGUAUUCACGGGUUGCAGUCACGCAGGUAUCAUCAACGUGUGCAGGCACGCCAUCGAGCUAGACCGAGGAGAUGAAGGAGGACGAGGAAGAAAUCCCCUUCAUGCAGUGGUGGGCGGGUUUCACCUGGCGGAUAACCAGCCAGAGAAGCUGGCCUCAUCACUGGAGGACCUGAAGGCUUUGGAGCCCAAGGUGUUAAUGCCAGGGCACUGCACGGGCUGGAAAUUCAAGUCUAUGUGUGAGCAGGCGAUGCCGGGUGUGAUUGUGCCGUCGUUUUGUGGGACGACUUACACGCUGGAGUGA